AUACCUCUCCAUGGAAGAGCCGAAUCUACCAUAGCAAACCAUAUCCUAUGUCUCUUGAAAAACACACCAUGACGACGUCCUUACUAAACAAACCAUUCUUCUCCUUCUUUCUCCACAUCCUGAUUUUGCUCCUUCACAUAUUCAACUCUUCUUCUUUCUUUGCUUUAGCUGAACACACUGCCUCCCCAACUUCACCAUUUGGUAAUAAUAAUACAGAAGCUGAGGCUCUUCUCCAAUGGAAAGCCAGUCUUCACAACCAAAGCCAAUCUCUCCUUUCUUCCUGGGUCGGCAUCAGCCCUUGCAUUAACUGGAUUGGAAUCACCUGUGGCAAUUCUGGAAGCGUCACCAAAUUGAUACUUGAAAGUUUUGGCUUGAGAGGUACGCUUUAUGAUUUCAACUUCUCGGCCUUCCCCAAUCUUUUGUUUCUUGACCUUAUUCCAUUGGAAAAUUAAGAAAUUUAUCUUUCCUUGGUCUUUCUAUGAACCAACUCUCUGGUCUCAUCCCUUCUUCUAUUAAAAACUUGACAAGUGUAUCUGAGCUCUAUCUUGUAAAUAACAAACUCUCUAGUCCUAUUCCUCAGGAAAUUGGGUUGCUAGAGUCUCUCGAUGUACUUGCCUUGCCAGGUAACAAAUUUCACGGCCCAUUGCCCUCUGAGAUGAACAAUCUCACCCAUUUGCAUGGUUUGGGUUUGGAUGGCAACAAAUUCACGGGUCAUUUGCCAGUAGAUUUAUGCCAUGGAGGAGUAUUGAAAAUCUUUACUGCUUCCUACAACUACUUCUCAGGUUCAAUCCCGGAAAGCUUGAAAAACUGUACUGGUUUAUACCGAGUAAGGCUUGAUCGUAAUCAGUUAACAGGAAAUAUUUCUGAGGUUUUUGGUAUCUAUCCACAUCUGGAUUAUAUUGAUUUGAGUUACAAUAAUUUUUAUGGCGAGCUUUCUUCAAAAUGGGGAGAUUGUCGUAACAUGACAAGCCUUCAAAUCUCAAACAAUAAUGUUUCUGGUGAGAUACCACCAGAGCUUGGGAAGGCUACUCAAUUACAAUUGAUUGAUCUGUCAUCAAAUCAGUUAAAAGGAGCCAUCCCAAAAGAUUUAGGGGGUUUGAAGUUGUUGUACAAGCUUGUUCUUAACAACAACCAUCUUUCAGGUGCCAUUCCCUUAGAUAUUAAGAUGCUUUCCAAUCUUCAAAUCCUUAAUUUAGCAUCUAAUAAUCUGAGUGGAUUGAUUCCAAAACAACUUGGGGAAUGCUCGAAUUUACUGUUGCUGAACCUCAGCAGUAAUAAAUUUAGAGAAAGCAUUCCAGGUGAGAUAGGCUUUCUACUUUAUCUUCAAGAUCUUGAUCUUAGCUGCAAUUUCCUGACUCGAGAUAUACCGCGGGAACUUGGGCAACUGCAAAGGUUGGAAACUCUGAAUGUCUCUCACAACAUGCUUUCUGGACGGAUUCCGAGCACUUUCAAAGACAUGUUAAGCUUAACAGCUGUGGAUAUCUCAUCCAAUAAGCUACAAGGCCCCAUUCCCGAUAUCAAAGCCUUCCACAACGCUUCAUUUGAGGCAUUAAGGGAUAAUAUGGGUAUAUGUGGCAACGCCAGUGGUCUAAAGCCGUGCAAUCUUCCAAAAAGCAGCAAAACUGUUAAGAGAAAGAGCAACAAACUUGUGGUUUUGAUUGUACUCCCUCUUUUAGGAAGCUUGCUUUUAGUGUUUGUUGUGCUUGGAGCUUUAUCUAUUCUCUGCAAAAGAGCUAGGAAGAGAAACGCUGAGCCAGAAAAUGAACAAGAUCGAAACAUAUUCACGAUAUUGGGCCAUGAUGGGAAGAAGUUGUAUGAGAAUAUCGUUGAAGCUACAGAGGAAUUCAACUCCAACUACUGCAUUGGCGAAGGAGGAUAUGGAACUGUUUAUAAAGCAGUGAUGCCAACAGAACAGGUGGUUGCUGUGAAGAAACUUCACCGGUCACAAACAGAAAAGUUGUCCGAUUUUAAAGCUUUUGAAAAGGAAGUUUGCGUGUUGGCAAAUAUUCGACAUCGAAAUAUUGUGAAAAUGUAUGGAUUUUGCUCACAUGCAAAGCAUUCUUUUUUGGUUUACGAGUUCAUUGAAAGAGGAAGCUUGAGAAAGAUUAUAACCAGUGAGGAACAAGCAACUGAGUUCGAUUGGAUGAAAAGGCUAAACGUUGUGAAAGGGGUGGGUGGAGCUUUAUCCUAUCUACACCAUUCUUGCUCUCCUCCGAUCAUUCAUCGAGACAUUACCAGCAAUAAUAUCCUUCUGGACUUGGAAUAUGAAGCACACGUCUCCGACUUUGGCACAGCUAAACUGUUGAUGCCUGACUCAUCCAAUUGGACCUCAUUUGCAGGUACUUUUGGAUAUACUGCUCCAGAGCUAGCUUACACAAUGAAAGUGACUGAAAAAUGCGAUGUCUAUAGCUUCGGAGUGGUAACAAUGGAGGUGAUGACAGGAAGGCACCCAGGCGAUCUCAUUUCAGCACUCUUAUCACCAGGAUCUUCGUCGUCGUCAUCGAUGCCACCCAUUGCUCAACAUGCACUGUUGAAGGAUGUGUUAGACCAACGCAUCUCGCUUCCUAAAAAAGGAGCAGCAGAGGGCGUCGUCCACAUGAUGAAAAUUGCACUUGCAUGCUUGCAUCCCAAUCCCCAAUCUCGGCCUACAAUGGAAAAAAUUUCUUUCGAGCUUACAACUAAGUGGCCUCCACUGCCAAAGGCAUUUUGCACAAUAAGUUUGGGAGAUCUCUUAAUCUCAUAGAGUAUAGCUACUUCUAUUCGAUUAUCAAUUGGAACAAUAAUUAUCUGUAAUAUGAAUUUUAUCAUCGAACUUUUUUUCUUUCAAAUUAUGUUGGCACUGUUUUAUGCGUUAGAA